AUUGUCUGGAUAACCAACACUCAAUUACUCUUAGCUUUGCUGACAGCCUGAAUUAUUUUUUAAAGUCUAUUCAAUUCUAUUUUUAAAUUGGUUCUGACUUUAAUUUUUCUAAACUGUGAUUCUUGGUUCAUCUAAAUUUUGAUCUCGCAUUUUUUCGUUUAAAUUUCUCUCCUCUAACUCAAAUCUCAUUCUUCUUUCUAUUAUUGUUUUUUUUCCUUUACAAUUCUUCAAAAUGGUUUAUCCUCGAAAUGGACAGUCAGUCUGGUGAAUCACGAGAAAAGAACACUAUUCUCUAUCAAAGCAACCUUUGACAUUAUCUGUGACAAUAAAAUUUUCUCAUAUCAUCUCCGACUAUCACUGAAGGCUUGAUAUGCUGGACGAAGAUGACUCCUUCGAAGACUCUGAAAGAUUCGAAGAUGAAUCCAUUUGCUCUGCCAGUGACCAUGAUCCGGCAUCGACAAACCAUUGGAGAGGCUGGAAGAAAGUUAUCAUUCCAAUCUGGCCCCCUACAAAUGUGAAAUCAUGUCGUGGAAAAGGUGACCAAUCUGUCUUAUCUUUAGUUGAAAUUGCUGCAAAAGAGGUUGCUUGCCAUAUUCCCUUCGAGAUUGUGGAACUUUUCCAGCCUCCUAUACCACCCGAACUUCAACUCAGAAUCGCUUUCUGGAGUUUCCCAGAAAGUGAAGAGGAUAUUCGCCUCUAUUCAUGUCUUGCAAACAGUAGUGAUUCUGAAUUUAUCAAAGGAGAAAGCUUAGUAAAACAAGGAUGUAUCAAGGAACUUCUUCAAAUAGGAUUUCAUUUAAGCGCCACUGUUGUUCAAGGCCAAUUGCCCACUCCACACAAAGGAUCUUACAACGUUGCAAUAACAUUUGAUCGACGAAGAGUGACUACUUGUAAUUGCACAUGUAGUAGCUCAGCAUCCUGGUGCUCACACAUUGUCGCCGUUUGCUUGUUUCGUAUUCAUCAACCUAAUCAAGUUCGUCUUCGUGCUCCAGUUUCAGAAUCACUCUCUCGACUCGGUAGAGAACAGCUACAGAAGUUUGCCCAAUAUUUAAUUAGUGAACUACCACAACAGAUCUUACCAACUGCUCAAAGGCUACUUGAUGAUCUAUUAUCAAAGAAGCUCACUGACAUUAAUAAAUUUAGCGGAGCUCCUGAUCCAACUGCUGGAGCUUCAAUUAAUGACCAAACUAGUUGGUGGCUUGAUGAAUCUCAGCUUCAUGAGAAUAUUCGUAAAAUUUUGGUAAAACUAUGUGUUCCCAUGCCAAUUGUUUAUAGUGAUCCUAACUAUCUUCAACUAAGUUUACCUUCUGUGGCCGUUGAGUGGGCUAGCUGGCUUAGACCUCUGCGUGCCCGUGAACCUGAAGGAAUGUGGAAUCUUUUGGGUAUCGUUUUUGAACUUUUCAUGCGAGGGGACCGUAAUGCUGUUCCGCUUCUUAAGAUCUUAACUGAAGAAGUUCUUGCUUGUGCUCAAAUAAUCGCUUGGUGGUUCCAAACCAAAAUUUCACUUAAUUCAGGACACUCUGGUCAUAAUAACCGAAAUAAUAUUCAAAGUAAUACUCAUGCAUCUCAGCAUGCUUGCACAAGCAUUUGUGAUGAGAUAGUUUCUCUCUGGAGAUUAGCUUGUUUGAAUCCAGGCUUAUCUCCUAGUGAUAGGGAUAAUUUGAUCAAACAACUUACCGAUUGGCAUAUCGCAACUUUAGAAAAAAUAUGGAAAACUAGACUUUCUAAUACAAGUAAUAACGGAAAUAACAAUUUCCAUAAGAAAUCGGAUUUCGAAAAUUUUUCAGGUUUUAAACCAGCCAUGGAAGCGUGUUUGCUAGACUGGGAUGAUUAUCCUAUUCCUGGUGUUACACACUCUGACGACCCAGCUCGAUCAUGGUUUUGUCCAUGUCCACACAUACACAAGUGGAGAGAACUGAUAAGUGAAGAAGAAAAUCUUUCGAAACCUAAACUUUGUCAUAAUCCAGAACACAAAAAAGAAGAAUCUCUUAAUGUAAAAAGUACAGAUCAAGAUUUGAGUAAUCGAAAUCAUCGACCUGAGUUGUCAUCUAAUGGAAAUCCAUCUUCAUCUUUAUCAACAUCUAUUUCAGAGUCAGCAUCAGUAAAUAAUUCAUCAACUUCUGCAUCAAAUUGUAAAAAUUCAGAGACAGAUUCUCAACGUCCCUCUACCCAUAAACCUGUUGCUGUGUCAGCAACUACUAUAUCCUUGGGAGAGGAACAAAUUAGAGUAACGAUAAAAGCUAUGACUGAUCCCCUAGAAAUUUUAUUAGCUCGGACUGAAGCAUUACACGCUCAUGGUUUCACUAAAGAAGCUUGUCAUCUUGCUGUCCAAUUAGCUGAAGAAAUGUUAACAAAUCCACCUAAUUUAUUAAUAGAUUUACCUAAUCCUCCUUCUCGUAACAAGAAAUCACGUCGGUUCAGUCCGGCAUGUCACCAGAUAAGUUUACUAGCUUCUGCUACAAUGACAAAGGCUGCUUUUCUUUGUCAGGUAUUAUCAGAAAAUGAAAACUAUCAUCAUUUAGCAUUCAAAAUUGGUGUCUCUGGUUUAGAGCUUGCUCGUCCACCAGCUUCGACCAAAGCCCUCGAAGUUAAACUAUUUCACCAAGAACAAGAACUAGUAAAUUUACUUAAAAAAAUACCCCUCAAGGAACCUGAAUUGAAUAUUCUCCGAUCAAAAGCGCAGAUUCUGAGUCAAGGAAAUUACCGGGCCCGUGGUGAUGCAGCUCUUCCUAUUGCUUUGACGAACUACAUCUUCGAUGCUCUGGUUUAUAGUGCCUCCCCUUGGUCUCAUGAUUCAUUCAGUUCACCUGCACCUCAACCCUGUGUCAUUCUAUGCGAAUGGAAACCAACUGACGAGAUACUUGGUUUAGAGGCUUCAAUUGCAGCUCUUGGUAUGAAGGCUAAUGUUUCAGAAGCAGAACAUCCUUUGCUGUGCGAAGGUACUCGUAAACAGAGAGGAGAUUUUAUUGUAGAACUACUUGUUCACUAUCGAGAUGAUAUUGACAAACUGAAUAAAAUUAUGGAUAAAGUGCUUGAUCAAGAAGUACAUCAGCUGUACAAAAAUCCGCCUGCUGACCCAUCUGUAAAUAAUAAAGGUAAUAAUAUUAGUAAUAAUAAUAAUGCAGGAAAUCCAAUCGUCGCAACAUCUACCUCAGGAUCGCUCGAUUCAGAAACUCGAGAUUUUAAUAAUAAAUUAAGUACUGAAGUUGCAACUGAUGCUGCUCAAGCCGACAUCAGUCAAGAGGAAUCCAACUCUCAAGCCAGCAAAACAUCUGAUGCAAAUGACAAAAUCGGAGCAGUUGCUGGAGCAACAGCUUCUAGUUCUGGGAAGUCCUCUAAUGAAGCUUCAGUUAAAAGUGUUCCAUCAGAUCAUCGUAAUAGUGAUGGAGAAAGAAGUGAAGGUGCCACUAGUCCAAGUUGGGAUGAAAGUUACAAAGCAUGGGAAGCUCGUUUCCGAUGUAUUAAUUUAAAAUCCAACAAGAAACACUCUAUUGGUAUGGCCAGUAUCGACAGUUCAGCGCCAGAAACAACAUCAAGUGAUAAUUCACCUACUGUUGUUCGCCGAUCUCUUUGGGUUCGGUCAGGUAGUGACAGUGGCAGUAGCGGAGAAAGUAGUGAUUCUUUCGCGUCCAGUUCAUCGGGCGAUAAAGCAUUGAAAACUAAAAUUAAUUCAGCCUCGUCAUCCGCCACACCUAACCGUGAUAUGCAGAACUCAUCGCGAGUUACCCUUACUAAUCGAAUGAACUCUUGCUCAAUCGCUGAAAACAGCAAGAUCAAUUCUGCAGCUCGAUUAUUAAUGCAUCAUACUAGCAACAGUAAUAGCAACAACAACAACAACAAUAACUUUAAUCCUGCUUCUAUGAAUCCAGCUUCAAGUCAUGUUGAUAAUCAAUCUGCUGGACCUUCUCUCUCUUCAAAUCCCUCAUCACCAUCAUCUAACAUGCUCAACUGUCCACCAGUAUCCACAAUUGGAACUUCUGGUCAACCAUCAAAACACUCUCGUUUCAAGGGAAGACGAAUGUAUCCAACAAUACCUAAUCAACCUAGUGAAGCAUCAUCGUACUUUAUGCAUGAACUGGCUAAAACCAUUUUGGAAAAGGCAGGUGGAAGUAGUAAUUCUGCUGUUUUAUUCUCACAACAAACUGUCAACCAAAAUCAUCAAACACCUCAUCGUAAUCUGCAUAUGUGUGCCCUGAAGAUUGCUCUUUACUCUUUAGGGUUACAUAAUGCUGUUGCACCAAAUUGGUUGUCUCGAACCUAUUGUCAUCAUGUUUCUUGGAUUACUAAUCAAGCUGUAGAGAUUGGUGCUCAAGCAAUAAACUUUUUGAUCGAUACCUGGGAAGGACAUCUUACCCCUGCAGAAGCAGCAACUCUGGCUGAUCGUGCAUCCGGCUGUAAUGAUCCUGUAACCAAAAAAGCUGCCUCUAAACUGGCUCUUUCCUGUCUUCCUCAUGCCCAAGCUCUCAAUCCAUCUGAAAUUCAUCGGGCGAUCUUACAAUGUAAAGAAUCUAGUGAUGCAAUGCUUCAAGAAGCGUGUUUAGCGGUAGAAGUAGCAGCUAAAGGAGGUGGAGUCUGCCCUGAGGUUCUAUUUCAUGUUGCACGUAAAUGGUAUGAGCUCUUUGAAGCUUGUUCUGGAGAGAAUAAUGAAGGUCGUUCAAAUAGAGAUCAUCGUAAUCGACCUCCAUAUGUACAAGCCAGUGUUGGAGAAUUCCAGGUACCUAGUUCAAAUUCCCCCAACCCUCUGCAUCACCAUCACUCGGCUUUCAAUGAUAAUGUCUCUCAUAUUAACAAUCAACAAGAUCGAAAUUUCAACUGCUCUUUGGUUAACAAUAUCAGCGUCAAUAAUAGUAAUCCAAACAAUAAUAACAACAAUCCCCAUGGGCUUGCUGGUAAUAAUAAUAUUGAUAAUAUUUUAAACAUGCGAUCCAGUAAUGUUUCUAAUGGACCAAUGGUAUCUUUACCUCAAGGCUCUCUUCAAGUUAUUCAACCAAUUCAGUGUCCUCCACCACCAUACACUUUAGCAACAACUUCACCAUACUCGUACGGAUUCUUUCCCGCUGCAUUUACACCUGGUCCAGCUCCUAUGCCUUUCCAUCCCGCAUUUCUUCAACCAACUCCAGGCUCAAACUCUAAUUACCAUCAUCAAUAUCCUCCAGCUGGAUAUUUUACUCCAGCACAUUCAACCGCUAAUCCAUCUAAUACAGUAUCUGCUGCGGCUAACAGUUUACCUCACUUUCAGAAUGCCCUGCCUCAUACUUUACUCAGUUCAAUCACAGGUCAACCACAUAUUUUGUCCAACAUGAUUAUUCCUCAAGUUUCACAAAGAGUACCAAUGAUCCCAGUUAACGGUGGCAAUGGCAGUGGAAAUGUUGUAUUUCCUUAUGGCACUCAGCAUGCAGGUCACUUUAUGUCACAACAACAAGUUAUCAGCUUGGCUCAUCAACCUCAAUUACAACCACAUCAACAACUUACUCAGAAACAGCUAGUUUAUUUACUAUCUGCAUACAGAGUUGCCAUUCUUGCCAUGGAAGCUUUGGGUCGUAAGAAUCACGAUGAAAGACCGACGACGAGAUAUGCUCGCAAUCCAUCUUAUGAGGACGAUGUUAAAUGGCUUUUAGAAGUAGUUAAAAAAUUAGGUACAUCGUAUUUCCAAGACUUUUGUUUCUGUACGGCUAACAGCAUAACAAGCCCUUUUGUUUUGCUUGAUAUCGUUCAAGAUCUGGCGAAUUAUUUAUCGCAAUCAUCUACAAAUCACAUGAAUGCAUACCGUUCACCGAUUUGUGUGCCCUUAAUUCAAAAAUGCCAACAAAUGUUUGCUCAAGGGAUCUACGCAAAGCUUCAUAGCCCAGGCUUCAAGAGUGAAUCAGAAUCGGAGGAAUUCCUUAUACUUAUUCGUCAAGCUCGUCAAGCUUUUUACUUGACUGCAGCCGGCCCCAAUCAAUUUAGCGAUGUAAUUGCAACAAUUCGAAGGUCCAAGAACUGCAAAAAAGAGUUGUGGCAACUCGUCAGUAAUUUUCUACAACAGCAUCCGAUAAAUGUUUGAUGAUGGCAUUAUUUAGCAAUUUAAUGACCAAUGGAGAAACCAAUCUCUUUUCGUAAUUUUCUGCAAAUUAAGCCAUUUAAUAUAUCGACAUUGACUUUUUUUGGCAAACCUAUUUAAUUUAAAUUGAAUUUAUUUAAUUUAUCGACACAUUUGAUCAAACUGGAUGUUUUGCAAACAAAAUCUUGUACCCAGAAUAAGAAGAGUAGAAACUACGAUCCUCGCAAAUGUUCACCUCAUUUUCUAUUUACUUUUUCAUUAUAUUUGCGUGUACCUUACAUAUGACAAAAAAAUCUAUCUAUUUCACUUAUAAUAAGACAUGUUAAUCCAUGUAAACUCUUUCUUUAUUUCUUUGUGGUGGAAAACUUUUUUCAAGCUUUAAGUUACUUUAACUGUUCUGAUUUCGCCCUCUCUUUCCCCAUUUUCAUUCACCAUAUUGAGAUGAAACCUUUUUUGACUUUUCUUUAUGUACAAAUUGAAUAAAAUGGCGCCACAAUAAACUGGCCGAAAUUAAUUUAUAAAACUUG